AUGAAUCCCUCAUCACCCUCGGAGCGCUCUGCCGGAGGCUCUCCCAGUGCCAACUUACCCGCCACGGCAUCCAGCACUCUCAGUCAUCGCCCCGCACCGGGCCGCAGCCAGAGCUCUGAGUCCCCAUCGCCACAGCCUGGCAGCGCCCCGAUUCCCGACGACGAGCAUGGCGCCGAUUUGCCGAUGAACAUGACCGCGUCGGUGAUGCUUACGGGUCUUCCACGCGAUGCGCAUCAAGCUCUAGCUGACGUCGGAGCCAUUGACACGGGGAAGAUCACCGUCCGCUUCCAGCCACUCCCAUCAGCCCCCAUUCUUAAGAAUCGGGUCUUCAAAGUCAGCGCCUCUCAAAAAUUUGAGACGGUAGUCAAAUUCCUGCGCAAGAAGCUGGAUUGCAAAGAUACGGACUCAGUAUUUUGUUACGUGAACAGCGUUUUUGCGCCGGGCCUGGAUGAGGGUAUGGGUGGUUUAUGGAGAUGUUUCAAAACGGAUGACCAGCUGAUUGUUGCUUACUCGAUGACUCCUGCGUUCGGCUGA